AUGUCAUCAUUGAUCAGUCCUUUUGGUACUGAUUCAAAUGACAUGUUUAGCAGAACAGAAAUAACACCACAAACUGUUAAAAGAACUCGAUUUGGUUUAAAAAUGCCAGUAGUCAGACAAGAAAAACCACCAUCGCCAAUAAUCCAAACUCCAUCUACCCCAAAUUCUUCAAAUGAUUCGAAUUUUGGCACACCAAAUUUUAAUUCACGUUAUAAUAUACCUGUUGGAACUGUUAUUCCUCGAAUAUCUCUUGAUUCCACAAUUAACGAGUUAUCAUCAAACAUCAAAUCAAAUAUUCCCAGCUUAGAAAUGAUAAAAGAUCAAAUGUACCUCAAUGAAAAUGAGAAAAUACCUGCUUUAAUGCAUGAUAUUCAAGAUUUAGAAAACAGACUUUUAGAAAUUAAAAAUUUGCAUAUAUCAUCUGUGAUUAGACCUCACAAAGAGUUCAUUAAACAUCUUGAAAACGAUGCAGAUCAAAUGCUUUCCAAUUUUGAUAAAAUAAAUUCCCCACUUCGCGAUCGUCUGACAAGAUUGAACACAGAAUCAUCACAUUUACUAGAUGAUUUCACUACUUUCCAAACAUUUUUUCGUACUUCUUUUAACAAAGUUGAUCAAGAUCGAAAAUCAGCGACAAGUUCAAUAGCAAACACCCUUCUUAAACUAUUAAAACUUGAACAAGGCUUCGAGUCAAUGGCAAAUAAAGUUGGUGAUAGAAACGCUGAUUUCGCAAAAACAAAAAUUCAAUCAGAAAACGCAAUGAAAGACUUAGUUUCCGUAAUGAAUUACUCAACAACAUCUGUAUCUGUAUAUCUAUCAAAAGCAAUACAAGACACAUCGCAAGCAAAAGCAGAAGCAGCUGAAAAACUCAAAACAAAUCUUGCUUUAUUAAAUAACCUCUCAUUGAAAUCUGUUUCAACAUUAAAAUCAUCAAUUGACUUAUUACCGAAGAUGUUCAAUGAAAAUCUCGAAAGUUUGACAAAUUCAAUACAAUAUUCAAUAGAUAAAGUAAAUGAAGAGUGCGAAAGUGAUACAAGUAGUAUAAAUCUGCAGAUAGAUGAUACUUUUGAUGUUACUUCAUCAACAUUUAAUGAAAUUUCCAAAGAAAUUACUGAUACAGUCACAAAAGUCAAAAAAAUACAAGAAGAAUCUACGAAAAUAUUUACAAAUUCGAUUGAAGAAGAGAAAAAGGGAAGAAUUCAAAACCAUUCCGAUAUUAAAAAUAAUUUUAUAAAUUUUAGGUCUAAAACUAAUAAAGAACUUGAAGAAAAUUACACCUCAAUUGAAAAUUGGGCUAAGGAUACUCAGAAUAAGUGCGCUGACCAAAUGGAGAGUUUAUUAAAAGAUAUUGAAACAGGAGUUUCAAAUUUACACUCAAAUUUACCUGCAUUAGAUCACAUUGCAUCGCAUAUUGCUGAUAUAGAAAAAGCAGUUCAAGACGCUAAUAAAUACGCAAUGGACAAAAUUUUGUCAAUUAACGCUGAAUAUGAAAAUUUAUUAUCAGAUUUUUCGUCGAUGAGAGAAGUUUACAUGGCAAAUUUAAAUGAUUUUGUAAAUCGAGUGAACAACAUACAUAUCCAUGCAAAAAUAGAAGAUGCUGUUAAUAGAAAAGAUGUAUAUGACUAUGUUACUAACUACGAAUCAUAUAUUGAUAGUGUUUUUAGUGGUUUAGAGUCACAAUUAGCUAUUUUGACCUCUGGAGCUGAUAAAAUCCUAGCUGGUGUUGAUAUUGACUUUAAGCUGAAUGAGAAUAUUGUAGGUGUUGAUAAGCCAACGCCUGUUUUUGAGGGACAUAGUAGAGUUAUCGAUAUUAAGCCACAAACUCCAAUAGAACUGUUAGAAAUUGAACCAGAAAAACCAAUCAUUGAAGAAAAGGAAGUUGAAAAUCAAGAAAAUGGCGAAAAUAAAGAUAUUAUUUCAAAUAAUGUCGAAGAUUCUAAAUCUGUUAAAAGUGAAGAAGAAAAGAACGAUGUCCAUGAAGAAGAAAAACAAAUUGUUUCUCCUGAUACUAAUGAAAGUGAUUAUUAUAGCGAUUAUUAUUAUUCUGAUGCAGAAAAUACUUCAACAAGUAAAAUUAUUGAAGAAACGCCCGAGACUCAUGAAGAGACAGUUCAAGAGAAGACAGAACCCGAAGAAAAACACAUUAUUCCUGCAGAAGAUGAUUUGUAUAGUGAAUCAUAUUAUUCUGAUGCAGAGCAUACUUCAACGAGUUAA